AUGAGACCCCUGUCGAGGAAACUCCAUUUUGGAACACAACAAAACCCUAAGAUUUUAAAUUAUUCCCCCACUAAUCUAACACCACCGUCGCCAAGUCAAACACCACCGCUGUCUCCAACCAUGGCGUCACGCUCGCCGUCUCCGAUAACCUUCCGACGUAGACGACCCCAACAUUGGAGCAAAGUUGAUCCGAGUUUCGCUGACCUACCAUCAAGCCUUUUGGAAGUAAUAAUGUCUCGUAUUGUGUUAGAAGAUAACAUACGUGCAUCCGCUGCAUGCAAGUCAUGGCAUGAAGCUGCAACAUACGUACGCGUUGUGGAAAAUCAUCCAUGGCUUUUGUCAUUUCCUAAACGUGGAGGCAGUGACUUGUUGGAACUCCGCGAUCCACUACAAUCUAAGUCUUUCACUAUGAAAGUUCCAUGGUCACCAUAUGACGACACUGUGUGUUACACAAGAGAUGGUUGGUUACUUGUGCGUAGUCGUAGUUAUUCGUCCUCAGACCCGGACAAAAUAUUCUUCUUCAACCCGUUUUCUCAGGAGCGCAUAAGCUUGCCUAAGCUCCACUUCAUACGUUGUCAUGAGCUUGCAUUCUCUUGUCCUCCCACGUCGGAUGAUUGUGUGUUGUUAGCGUCAUGCUGUGAUCAGAGAGAUAACGUCACUUUAAUAACUUGGCGUCCCGGAGAAACUAAGUGGACUAUUACUACUGGGGACUUUGGAUCGUCUGAGAAGUACGGCAUGCUUCUCUAUUCCAAAUCCAAUGAUCGAUUCUAUUUCUUAACCUCAAGAAGCUUGCAGUCCUUUCAUCCAUCUUCCGGUACAUGGAAACGUGAUUCUCUUACUGGUAUAUAUGUUCAUAAUGAUAGUCAGCGUCAGCGAUAUGGCCAUCAUGAGCUGAACAGUAAAAAAAUUUACUUUGCGGAAAAGAGAGGAGAGGUCUUUCUCAUGGUUACAUGGGGCAAAAAGAAGCCAAGGGUCUUUGGAAUGGAAGGAGAUGAGUGA